UCCAGUCGCACAGCUGAUGAUUGGAUACUGAAGUAAAAGCUUGUACAUGGUAACCUAUCUGCACCAAACAAUUUUUCCAUCACCGGGGAGGAGAGGGAGAGAGAGAAUCGAUAUAUGCUACUCUCCCGCCCCCCCCUCUCUCUCUCUACAGUUGGUUCCUUCAACCAACAACCAUGUCACUCUGUUUCUCUUCUCUUCCCUGCACAACCCAUUACCUCCUCGUCUUCCUCACCAUGUCGAGCCUAUUCACAUCAAACAUUCAUGGCUUGAAAGCACCAUUUCGUCCCAAAGACAUGCUACCAUUGUUGCCAAAAUCAGUGUCGUGGCCUAUUCUGAAUUCUCUCCACAGUGCAGUCGACAUUUUGCCCACUUUCGUCGGCGCUGUUUCGUCCCCAAACGACAUCGUGGAGUGGAAAGGGGCUUGCUUCUACAAGAACAGGGCUUGGAUGGUGUUCCAUAACAAAAGUAAAACUGAAUUUGGCGGAGGCACUCUUCAUAUCAAGGUUAGCAAUGCCCACAGCUGGACAUGUAUGGAUCUUUAUAUCUUUGCAACUCCAUACCGUGUGACAUGGGACUACUAUUUUUUAGGCCGUGAGCAUACCCUUGAGUUUAAGCAGUGGGAAGGAAAAGCUGAGUAUGAAUAUGUGAAACAUAAGGGUGUUUCAAUUUUUCUCAUGGAAGCGGGAAUGCUGGGAACCCUUCAAGCGCUGUGGGAUGUCUUUCCCUUGUUCACAAAUACUGGAUGGAGUGAGAGUUCAAACAUUGAUUUUCUCGAGAAAAAUAUGGGGGCUUCCUUUGUAAAACGUCCAGAGCCAUGGGUUACAAACAUUAGUUUUGAUGAUAUUCAGUCUGGAGAUUUUCUUGCACUAUCCAAAAUCCGAGGACUAUGGGGUGCUUUUGAGACUCUAGAGAAGUGGGUCACGGGUGCUUAUGCUGGUCAUACCUCUGUCUGCUUAAAGGAUUCUGAAGGAAAGCUAUGGGUUGCAGAAUCUGGACAUGAAAACGAGGAGGGACAAUAUAUCAUUGUUAUUUUGCCAUGGGAUGAAUGGAUACUCAGUCAAGAUGAUAGCAAUUCACAUAUUGCAUUGCUUCCUUUGCAUCCUGAUCUCCGGGCUAAAUUUAACGAGACUGCUGCUUGGGAGUAUGCACUAAGCAUGGCCGGCAAGCCUUAUGGUUUUCAUAACCUGAUAUUUAGCUGGAUAGACACUAUUGAUGGGAACUAUCCGCCACCCUUGGAUGCUCAUUUGGUUGCUUCUGUUAUGACUGUUUGGAACCAGUUACAGCCUGAUUAUGCUGCUAAUAUUUGGAAUGAAGCCUUGAACAAGCGACUUGGAACUCAGGGCCUUAGUCUUCCCGAAAUUCUUGUGGAAACUGAAAGGCGUGGGACAUCUUUUGAUGAAUUGUUGACGAUUCCCGAGCAGGAUAACUGGGUAUACAGUGAUGGGUUGUCAACGUCAUGCAUUGCUUUCGUCCUUGAAAUGUACAAGGAAGCAGGAAUAUUUGGUCCACUUGCAAGUUCCAUUCAAGUAACGGAGUUUACGAUAAAAGAUGCUUACACUCUCAAGUUCUUUGAGAACAAUUCAAGCCGCCUGCCUAAAUGGUGCAACAACGAUGGGGACCCUGUGAAGCUCCCAUUCUGCCAAAUAAAAGGGAAGUAUCGAAUGGAGCUACCGGAAUACAACACCAUGGAACUGUACUCCCAUAUGAAUGAAAGGUGCCCAUCUCUGCCUCCAAAAUACUACAGGCCUGAGGGUUGUUGAAAGUCUUCUGAUUUGGUUUUCCUGUUUAGGAGUUGUUAUACCAAUGUCUGGUGUUGUACCCAGUUGUUUAUCAUUGAUUCGUGUAUAUACAUCUUGUAUUGUAUGAUGCAAAAGAAAGGAAGAUGCCCAAAAGUUAGUCAACAGGGGUCAAAGUUGUUAGUAAAUUUGGCAACCGCAGUACGCGUAACGUCGAUGUUACUGUUGCAAAUGAGUGAAAUUGGGACAAAAAAAUAUUUUGUUCUUCAUUCUUAUGUGUUUAAAAUCGCGUAUAGUAUGUUGAAAUAUCUUUAAUGCUAUCAACAUCUGUAAUGAAGGUUUCUAUUGCCUUAA